CCCAGAAAGGCCGCAGAGGUCGGGCGGGGCAGGCGAGAUGGAUAAAUACGGCCGGAGGUGGUGGGUAGCCCAAUCCUACUGAAGCGGGUCGGCGGGUUGGGGGCGCCGAGCCGUAGCGUCGCUUCGCCAUCCAGGCCAGAGGUGAGGUCCGAGGACAAGGCGCCCCCAGGUGGCUGCUCUCUGGGCCUUGGCGCAGCCCCUGUGUCAAAGCACCGCCUGAGGACUGAGACGCGUUGGUUCCGCAGUAUCUUUCCACCUCACCUGGAUUAGGUUUCUGAGCUGGGGCCACAGCCUCGCACCUCCCAAUCUCUACAUCUUUUCUUAUCUUCGUCUUUCGCUACGCCUCUCUCCUUACCUCUCCCUCUCCUUUCAUCUCCUUAUUCCCUUCUCUCUUCUCUUCUAAUCACUCUUGUUCCCUGUCAACCUUAUCCCUUAACAAUCUUUAUCUUCACUUGAAAUUCGUUGGUGUAAAUAAACGAGAACAGCUGCCUCGCAGGGUGAUAGCGACAAGUUUGACCAAUGAAGAAACUGAGGCUCACAAAAGUGAAGUGACUUGUUCAAGGUCAUAAAGCUCAUGCUAAUAAUUGGCAUGUUAUUGUGCUUUGUAUGUACUUCACAGAGUGCCAUUUAAUGAAAGCUGAAUCUCCAGACAAUCGUUUAAAAAAACCUAACAGUUUUAUUGAGGUAUAAUGUAUAUACCAUAAGAUUCACUUAAGAGUACGUUCAAUUAUUUUUAGUAUACUUACAGAGCUGUGCAACCAACUCUCAUCACAAUUUAGUUUUAGAAUAUUUCUGUCAGGCCAAAAAGAAAUCUUGUGCCCAUUUAUUAAUCACUCCUCAUAAUAGGCAAGCGCUAAUCUGAUGAUCUUUUUUUAAUCAUUAUUCCAUUUUUAUAGAAAAUGAUCUGAUACUCAGAGACCAGUUAAGUAACUUGUCCAAGAUCUCACAGAUAAUAAAUAAUAAAGUUAGGGUUAAACAAUAAGUGAUGAUGCCUUUCCAUCACCAUUAUUUACUGUUUUGUUUUUCUUACCCUCUGUUUUAUAUAAACUCCCCAUUCCCAACCCACUGUCUCUUGCCUCUCCUCCCUCAGAGAAUGCUGAGGGAUUUCCCUGAGUUGAAAGAAGCAGUACAACAGUCUCUGUCCCUGGAAAUGUUUACCCAUGACCAGAUCUCUGGAGGAGAUGCCAGGCCAGCUUGGGCUUUGGUAUAGAUUAAUGGCCUGCCUUCCCUCUUUCCAGGCAGACUUGGGGUGGGCCCCAGGCCCUGUUUGGCCUCUCUUCCGCCAGCGUGGGUGGAAAUGGUGACGGAGAUGAGGCAGUCCAGGCCCGGAAGGGUGGAAGCUGGGAGGGUAAAAUUAGUAACUCUAUGGCGGAGGCUCUUCAGCCCCAUUGCCAGGGUCAGACAUUCCUGGGAAUGCUGGCUCCUGCCCCCACUUGCUCUCCAAGUCACCUGGUUGAUGGCUGGAAGAGAAAGUGGAGGGAAAUCCUGCGUUCUUGGGUCCCCCUCCCUACCUUCAGCCACAUUCUUCUCAGCUUUCCCCAGUAACAUUUCAGCAACCAAUGCGAAGUUCUCACCUUAGCAAGUUGAUCAAGGGAUGGACAUGUAGGCACACGUUAGUACACAAAGGUCCUUCCUCACACGUCUUAGGUGCCAAAAAUGUGAGCCAAGAAGAAAGAGAUGGGUGAGGAAGAGUUCAAGUUCUGCUGCCGAAAUCUAUUUUACCUUUGCUUCUAAAGAUCUAAGCUUCGUAAGCACCAAAUCAGGUUAAGACCCCAAGAUCCUAUAUUCCCAGUAUUAGUCAGUACUGAGUUGGGGUUUUUUUGGUUUUGAUUGUUUGUUUGUUUGUUUUUUUGCUGAUUGUGUGGGGGUGAGAUUGCUUUCUGAGGAAGAGAGGGUGCAGGAGUUGAGACAUAAAAAGAUGGCAGGAAUGGUUGAGUUUUUCUUGUUGUGUCUCCUUUAAGAAAACAUCCUAUUGACUCCCCUGGGAAAAGAGACAAAAGGAGAAGAAGAAAGGGAAAGAUUGGGGAAGGAAGCUCCUAUCUCAGCCCUGCCACCCAGCUGGGGGGCCUUCUGGCUAACAGUGCCCUUGGAGAGGGUUCCUUGGAUUCAGCUUCUCCCACUAAGGUCGAUUUUCCCCACCCUGCUUACAGCUCCAGAUGUCUGAGGGUCCUCAGCUGUCAAAACCUGGGUCCUGGGUGUCAGAGGCAAGAAAACCCAGAAAUACCGAUUGGGCCUUAUAGGACUUUUUGUGCUUUUGGUGGCAAGGGCCGGGACUGGUGUGACGUGGUAUCCAUCCUGUGGCUGAAGAUGUGGCACUGCCAUCCCCCAGAAAGCUCCUGAGCUGCUUCCACUUUUCCUUCAGCAUAAGCAUACUGGAAAUGACGGUGCCUGCUGCUGCCCCUGCCCUGAGAGCCUUGACACAUAGCCUACUCCUUUCUCUUUUUUGCUCUGGCCUCCCACCUCACCUGCUUUCUGCUGUGUCCCCAGGAGCCCUAGAGACCCAGAACCAUGGACACUCUCAAUAGGAACCAGGUAGGCUCUGGAUGCAAGACCCAAGCAAUGGUGCAGAAAGGACCCUUGGACCUGAUAGAGACAGGCAAAGGGCUGAAAGUGCAAACUGACAAACCCCAUCUGGUGAGCCUGGGCAGUGGGCGACUCAGCACAGCUAUCACCCUUCUCCCGCUGGAGGAAGGGAGGACAGUGAUCGGCUCUGCGGCCAAGGACAUCUCACUGCAGGGUCCAGGCCUGGCUCCAGAGCACUGCUACAUUGAGAACCUGCGGGGCACCCUUACCCUCUACCCUUGUGGCAAUGCCUGCGCUAUUGAUGGGCUGCCUGUCCGACAGCCCACCAGGCUCACUCAGGGCUGCAUGUUGUGCCUGGGUCAGUCCACCUUCCUCCGCUUUAACCACCCGGCUGAAGCCAAGUGGAUGAAAAGCAUGAUUCCUGCGGGGGGCCGGGCCCCGGGCCCCCCCUACAGUCCUGGCCCAGCAGAAUCAGAAAGCCUGGUGAAUGGGAACCAUACUCCACAGCCUGUAGCCCGGGGACCCUCGGCCUGUGCCAGCCACAGUUCCCUGGUGAGCUCUAUUGAGAAGGACCUACAAGAAAUCAUGGAUUCACUGGUGCUAGAGGAACCUGGAGCUGCUGGAAAGAAGCCUGCCACAACUUGCCCACUGUCGCCGAUGGCUAAUGGUGGUCGCUACCUGCUGUCCCCCCCAACCAGCCCUGGUGCCAUGUCUGUGGGCUCCAGCUAUGAGAACACCUCUCCAGCCUUCUCUCCACUUUCCUCACCAGCCAGCAGUGGAAGCUGUGCCAGCCACUCACCCAGUGGGCAGGAGCCAGCGCCUUCCAUGCCCCCACUGGUGCCUGCCCGUUCCUCCAGCUACCAUCUGGCCCUGCAGCCCCCACACUCCCGACCUAGUGGUGCCCGCUCUUCUGAGAGCCCCCGGCCGGGCAGGAAGGGGUGUCAUGAAAGGCCUCCCAGCCCUGGCCUCCGGGGUCUGCUGACAGACAGCCCUGCAGCUACUGUCUUGGCGGAGGCCCGCAGAACCACUGAGAGCCCCCGGCUGGGUGGGCAGCUGCCUCUGGUGGCUAUCAGCCUGAGUGAAUGCCCAGCUUCCAGUGCCCACAGCCAACCCACCAGCAUUCCUGGCAGCCCCAAGUUCCAGCCUCCAGUCCCUGCUCCUCGAAACAAGAUUGGCACACUUCAGGACCGCCCUCCCAGCCCUUUCCGUGAGCUGCCAGGCACUGAGCGGAUGUUGACAACCAGCCCCUCACGCCAGCUCGUGGGCCGAACAUUUUCAGAUGGGUCUGCCACCCACACCCUGCAGCCUCCUGAGAGUCCCUACCUGGGACGGCGGGGCCUGGAGAGUAUGCGAGAACUCCCUCCCUUGAGCCCGGCUUUAUCCAGACGGGCUCUUUCCCCCAUGCCCUCUCGGAAUACCCCAGAUCCCAAACUAACCAGGGAAGUGGCAGAGAGUCCCCGACCCCGGCGCUGGGCAGCCCAUGGGACUUCACCAGAAGACUUCUCCCUGACACUGGGGGUGCGGGGCCGUAGGACACGGAGCCCUUCACCCACACUGGGCGAGUCCCUCGCACCCCGCAAGAGCAACUUCAGUGGCAGGCUGAGCCCAGCCUAUAGUCUGGGUUCUUUGACUGGGGCUUCACCCCGCCAGAGCCCCCGUGCCCAGAGGAAGCUCUCCAGCGGGGACUUACGCGUGCCCGUCACUCGAGAGCGGAAAAAUAGCAUCACAGAGAUCAGUGAUAAUGAGGAUGACCUCCUGGAGUAUCACUGGCGGCAGCGCCAGGAGCGGCUUCGCGAGCAGGAGAUGGAGAGGCUGGAACGCCAGCGCCUGGAGACCAUCCUGAACCUGUGUGCUGAGUACAGCCGGGCUGACGGGGGACCUGAGGCCGGGGAGCUGCCCAGCAUUGGGGAGGCCACGGCAGCAUUGGCACUGGCAGGCCGGAGACCCUCACGAGGCCUUUCAGGGGCCAUUGGGGCGUCUGGGCGGAGCAAUGAGGAUCCUGGAGGUGCCACCCAACGCCUGUGGGAGAGUGUGGAACGCUCAGAUGAGGAAAAUCUUAAGGAGGAGUGCAGUAGCACUGAGAGCACACAGCAGGAGCAUGAAGAUGCGCCCAGCUCCAAGCUCCAGGGAGAGGUGCUGGCCCUGGAAGAGGAGCGGGCUCAGGUGCUGGGGAGAGUGGAGCAGCUCAAGGUCCGCGUGAAGGAGCUGGAUCAGCAGCUGCAGGAGUCGGCCCGAGAGGCUGAAAUGGAGCGGGCGCUGCUGCAGGGGGAGAAGGAGGCAGAACGGGCACUGCUGCAGAAGGAGCAGAAGGCAGCAGACCAGCUGCAGGAGAAGCUGGUGACCUUGGAGACCGGCAUCCAAAAGGAGAGGGACAAGGAGAGGGCGGAGCUGGCCACGGGACGGAGGCACCUGGAGGCCCGCCAGGCGCUCUACGCUGAGCUCCAGACGCAGCUCGAUAACUGCCCCGAGUCAGUGCGGGAACAGUUACAGGAGCAGCUGAGAAGGGAGGCAGAGGAUCUGGAAACCGAGACAAAGCUCUUUGAGGACUUGGAGUUCCAGCAGCUGGAGCGGGAGAGCCGCCUGGAGGAGGAGCGGGAGCUGGCCGGGCAGGGGCUGCUCCGCAGCAAGGCUGAGCUGCUCCGCAGCGUCGCUAAGCGGAAGGAGCGCCUGGCAGUCUUGGACAGUCAGGCUGGGCAGAUCCGGGCUCAGGCUGUGCAAGAGUCUGAGCGCCUGGCCCGGGACAAGAACACUUCCCUGCAGCUGCUGCAGAAGGAGAAGGAGAAACUGACUAUGUUGGAAAGAAGAUACAUCUCACUCACUGGGGGCAGGCCUUUUCCGAAGACCACAUCGACCCUCAAAGAGAUGGAGAAGCUGCUGCUCCCAGCUGUAGACUUAGAGCAGUGGUACCAGGAACUGAUGGCCGGGCUGGGGACCGGCCCCGCUGCAGCCCCCCCUCGCUCCUCCCCCCCGCCUCUGCCUGCCAAAGCGUCCCGUCAGCUGCAGGUUUACCGCUCCAAGAUGGAUGGUGAGGUCACCAGUCCCCUGCCCCGCACCCGCAGUGGCCCCCUCCCUUCUUCCUCUGGUUCUUCUUCCUCCUCCUCCCAGCUCAGCGUGGCUACCUUGGGCCGUAGCCCCUCCCCAAAGAGUGCUCUACUCACCCAGAAUGGCACAGGCAGCCUUCCUCGCAACCUGGCAGCCACGUUGCAGGACAUUGAGACCAAGCGCCAACUGGCCCUGCAGCAGAAGGUCAAGUUGCUUCCUGCUGAGCCCCUCCCAACUGACGACCCAGCAGGGCAGCAGGUGAUUGAGGAGCAGCGGCGGCGACUGGCUGAGCUGAAGCAGAAAGCAGCAGCCGAGGCUCAGUGCCAGUGGGACGCCCUGCAUGGGGCGGCCCCAUUCCCAGCAGGUCCCUCGGGCUUCCCACCCCUCAUGCACCACUCCAUCCUGCAUCACCUGCCAGCUGGGCGGGAGCGUGGAGAGGAGAGCGAGCACGCCUAUGACACACUGAGCCUGGAGAGCUCUGACAGCAUGGAGACCAGCAUCUCCACAGGAGGCAACUCUGCCUGCUCUCCCGACAACAUGUCCAGUGCAAGCGGCCUAGACGUGGGGAAGAUCGAGGAGAUGGAAAAGAUGCUGAAAGAAGCUCAUGUGGAGAAGAGCCGGCUCAUGGAGUCAAGGGAGCGGGAGCUAGAGCUACGGCGGCAGGCCCUGGAGGAGGAGAGAAGGAGGAGGGAGCAGGUGGAACGGAGGCUGCAGAGUGAGAGUGCGAGGAGGCGGCAGCUGGUGGAGACGGAAGUCAAGAUGCGAGAGAAACAGUUUUCUCAGGCACGCCCUCUGACCCGUUACCUGCCAGUCCGCAAGGAGGAUUUCGACUUGAAGACCCACAUCGAGUCGUCAGGCCACGGCGUCGACACCUGCCUGCACGUGGUGCUCAGCAGCAAGGUCUGCCGUGGCUACUUGGUCAAGAUGGGCGGCAAGAUUAAAUCAUGGAAGAAGCGCUGGUUUGUCUUCGACCGGCUCAAGCGCACCCUUUCCUAUUAUGUGGACAAGCAUGAGACGAAAUUGAAGGGGAUCAUCUAUUUCCAGGCCAUCGAGGAGGUAUACUAUGACCACCUUCGUAGUGCAGCCAAGAAGAAGUUUUUCAGCUUCACUAUGGUGACUGAGAGCCCGAACCCAGCCCUCACCUUCUGUGUGAAGACCCAUGACCGGCUGUACUUCAUGGUGGCCCCAUCUGCAGAGGCCAUGCGCAUCUGGAUGGACGUCAUUGUAACAGGGGCUGAGGGCUACACUCAGUUCAUGAACUGACUGGGGUGGGCUUCCUGGAUCCGAGGGCCGGCCCCAGGACCCAUGCCUGACUACCUGCUGCUCUGCUUGUCCCUCAAGACGGAGUCACACCCUGGGCUCCAGACCUCAUUGGGGUGCUCCUAGAGGCCCUGGGAGGGCAGAGCGCGCCUGAGACUUUUGGAAUGUUGUGUAAAGGGCCUGUCCUGGGAUAUUCUGAGCUGGGCCCCCUAAUGAACCAGCCAGGAUAUCAAAGGUAGGGAAGGGGCUUUGUUGCCUCCUGGGAGUCUAGAACUUGCAAUAACCCUUCAGGGUCCUGCCCUCCCCAGCCUGUGUUCUCUUUUGUAAAGGAUAAAUUAUGGUACGAUAAUCUGCCAAAGAUCCCCUGUUGCCUCAGCCCUCUUUGCAGGGGUUUGGGGGCUGAGCAGAGCCACAUCCAGAGUGGGGUAACAGCUCAGGCAGUGUGCCUCUCGAAGCCUGCUCUACGCCAUUGUUCUCAUUUAUACAUUGUAUUACUUUGCUCAAGGGCCAGAGACCUCAAGCGUUAUCCUUGAGCUCGCAGCCCCACCCUCUUUGCAGACGCAUCACCAUGAUCACCAUAUUAACUGCUUCAUUGCCAUGGUUACAUACGAAUUGCCAUGGCUCCACGGCUCAGCCCACUGCUAAAGCUGUGGGCCCAUCGGAGGGUGCGUGCCAUCAUGUCUCCAGCUCAGGCCCUUGGACACCUCAGGCUGGGGGAGCUCCAAGUCCUGAACAGCUCCUUGCCCCCAGCCUGUCUCCAGGCCCUGAGGCACAGCCUGCCUCGCCCUCCCCCUGCCCUGGGCCAGGCCUCUCUCUUCCACUCGUGCCUUGCUUAGAGCCACAAGGGGUGAAGCUGGGGUAUCUAGAUCCAGAAGAGGAGUGAUGCAGAUGGGAGACAAAGCUAGAAGGGCCAUCCCAGGGGUGCUGUAUACGGAUGAGUUUCUGACAAGGAUACAGGGCUGCUACCUCGGGAAGCCUGCACAGGAGAGGAAGCAUCAGAGAGGGCCGACCCUGAGGGACUGCUGCCUUCCCAUCAGCCUCGGAAGGGUAAUGAAAUUGGAGAGCAGAGGACCAGGCCUCCAGCUGUCUGGCCUCAGCCCUUCAUGCCUUAACACUACGCCCACCUCUCUGCCCCCCUUUCCAGCCCUGGGCCAUGGUUGCUGGGCCCACGCUGGGUAAUUUCAGUAUUUGUAAGCAUCUCAACAGAACAAUAAAGCAUUUGGAGUAUGUGUUUGGGAGACCAAGUUGUGUGGGGCACAGGGUUGGUGUCCGUGGGGUAGCAGGGCUGCUACGUCUUCCCCACAGAGCAGGAUUUUCCACCCAGGGCCCAACCUAUGACCUCCAUGUCC